ACAGAGUUCCCGAAUUUCCUACGAAACCAGAACAAACUUGUGCAACUAGAUAUAUCAGAAAACAAUAUUCAAGGUAUAUUACCCAAAUGGAUGUUUAAUGCAAGUAAAGAAAACCUUCAAUAUUUAUUUCUUUCUAACAACUUUAUCACGGGUUUUGAAAAUUCUCAAGAUGUUCUUCACUUUCCAAAUCUACAAACACUGAGCCUCCAAAAUAACAGGCUAUAAGGAUCGUUCUCGAUUCCUCUAGUUGCUCCAUCUUUUCAAGAUUUAUAUCUUUCUAACAACUUUCUCACGGGCUUUGAAAAUUCUCAAGAUGUUUUUCACUUGCCAAAUCUACUAGUUUUAUACCUUGACAAUAACAUGUUGCAAGGGUCUCUCCCAAUUUCUCAAAUUCCACCAUCUAUUCAAUAUUUAUAUCUUUCUAACAACUUUCUCACGGGUUUUGAAAAUUCUCGAGAUGUUCUUCCCUGGCCUAAUCUACAAACGUUGGACCUUGAGAAUAACAGCCUGCAAGGAUCUCUCCCUAUUCCACCACCAUAUGUCCAACUUUAUCGAGUCAAGAAAAAUGCAUUUACAGGAGAAAUUUCAUCGUUGUUUUGCAAUCUGAGUUCACUUUAUGUGCUUGAUUUGUCCUAUAACAAUUUGAGCGGCAAGUUGCACCCAUGUUUAUGCAACUCAAGCCAGUCUUUGACAGCACUUGAACUACAAAGCAAUAACAUCGGUGGAACCAUCCCCGAUGCAUGGGCAAAAGGGUGCAGCUUAAGGAUUAUCAACUUGAAUCACAACCAAUUACAAGGUCGGCUCCCAAGAUCAUUGGCCAAUUGUAAGGAGUUAGAGUAUCUUGAUGUUGGUUACAAUAACAUCCAUGAUACCUUUCCCUUAUGGUUAGGAACCCUUCCCGAGCUGAAGAUUUUCAUUCUUCGCUCUAAUGGAUUUUACGGUGCAAUAAGAAAUAUCCAAACCAACUGCACAUUCUCCAACUUGCAUAUCAUCGAUCUCUCCCACAACAAUUUCUCUGGAGAUUUGCCCGCAGAAUGCUUCCAAAGGUGGAACGCCAUGAAAUUAUUUGGUGCAAAAAAGUUGCAAUACAUGAUGGAUUACAAUUCAGGCAUCCUUUACUCAAUUACACUAACAACCAAGGGUAUAGAGUUGGAGUAUGAGAGGAUCCAAGAUGAACUCAUAGUCAUUGAUUUAUCAUGCAACAGAUUUGAAGGAGAAAUUCCAGAAGUAGUGGGAAACCUAAAAGGAUUACACAUUCUCAAUUUCUCCAACAAUGUUCUCUCAGGUCAUAUCCCAUCAUCGUUGGCAAACUUGACGGAUCUAGAAUCAUUGGAUCUUUCUCAAAAUAAGUUAUUUGGAGAAAUACCCCCACAACUCGCCCAACUCACUUUCUUGGAGAUUUUUGAAGUGUUCAACAAUUGUCUCACAGGUUCCAUACCACAUGGAAGUCAAUUUGAGAGAUUUCCAAACAAUUCUUUCGAUGGUAACCCAGGAUUGUGUGGAAGGCCAUUGUCAAAAGCAUGUGGAGAUUCACUACCUAUACCUCCAACGUUAACGUUUGAAGGAAAUCAAGGUUUAGUAUCUCCAUUUGAAUUUGGGUGGAAAGUAGUAGCGAUGGGGUACGUGUGUGGAUUUGUAAUAGGAUUUGUUAUUGGACAAUGGGUGAUCACAAAGAAGCAAGAUUGGUUUGUAAAUACCUUUAGAAUUAAGAAAUAGCAACAAACUCGAGAA